AUGGCAGGGAAGAGGAGUACAGUUCUGAUGAACGUUGGGGAGAGUAGUAAAAAAGUUAUUCUAACGGAAGAAGAAGAAGAAGAGAUAAUUCUGGAGGAUGAAAUUGAGUCUGAAUUCACAGCACAAGCCCGUCUUGGGUUAACUGGGAAACUGGUGACAAAAGUAAUAAACGUAGAGGCGAUGCGACGUACGUUUAAUUCCAUCUGGAAACUAAAUAAGGGUUUCGGAAUUAAACAAUGGCCGAAUAAUGUCUUCGUGUUCCAGUUUUAUAACAUGAGAGAUAAAGAACGAGUAAUUAAAGGUAGCCCCUGGACCUUUGAUAAUUCUCUACUAGUACUGAAGGAUGUGGAUAUGGAGGAGUCUCCAGACAAUAUAGUAUUUGAUAAGGUUCCUUUCUGGAUCAGAAUUCUGAACGUUCCUAUCGGAAGAAUGACCAAAUCUAUGGCUAGCACAAUUGGAGGAAGAUUGGGAACCUUGAUAGAGGUAGAUGAAGAUAGAUUGGGUGGUUGGAGCAGAUAUAUUAGGGUUAGAGUCGAUAUUGACAUCGAGAAACCUUUAAAACGUGGAGUUACGGUGAGACUGAAUGCUAAUCAGAAAAAAUGGCUUGAGGUGCAAUAUGAAAGACUUGGCAGUUUCUGUUAUGUUUGUGGGAGGCUAGGGCAUCAAGAUAUAGACUGUGAAGAAGGUGGUGAAGUGCUUGACAAGUCCUUAUACCAGUACGGAGAAGAGUUGAGGGCUUCCCCUCUAAAAAGUAUUAGCCGGAGCCAAAAGAUUGAUAAGGAAAAGGAGGACUCACUGAUAAAAGAAAUUAAUAAAAAGCUGCACUUUGGUAAUGAAGGAGCAGGUAAAGAAAGAGUAGCAGAAAUAAGCCAAGAAAACGGUGGAGAUAAUGAAAGGCAUAAAGAAAGGGAAGAACAAGUCAACAAUUCUGAUCCCAAAUCAAAUGUCAUAGGUAGUCAAGGAGAGGAGCAGCCAACGAAUAAUACAAAAGGAAAAGAGCAAGUUGUCCAAAAUAAAGGGGAGAUACUACCUAGUAUUAAUAGCCAACAAUUGAUGCAUGGCACUGUUCAUGAGAAUGAAUGCUUAUCUAUUACACAAGAAAGGGAGUUAGCUGCUUUGGCUAUCAACCUAACUCGUGAGGAGCAUGAAAAAAGUGUUACGGCAAAAAAUCAAGGAAAAAAUACCUGGAAGAGAGCAGCAAGACAGAAAAGUGAGGAAGAUAGGAGUUCUGGGGUAUCAAGUAGCAAGAGAGCUGGAGCAAAAAACCCUAGAGACGAAGUGGUGGGCAUGGAGAUUGACUCGGGUAUCUUAACUAAAAAGCAAAAAGACUCCCUCAAUCUAGCAAAUCUUUUAAUAUCGGCCGACUCGGAUGAAGUCCGAGUCCGCUGGGAGCAAUGA